GGCUCAAGAGUGUUUCGUGUACCCGGCUCAAAAGUGUUUUUUAAAUCAAUUUGUUUUAAAAUUAUGUCUGACGAGAAUGAUGAUCUCUUGAAUUUUGAAAUAACCGAGGUUGAUUUUGCUGAUGGUCCUCUCAACGAAGAUGAAUUACUUCUUUCAGAUGAAGAAAAUGAAAAGCUCGAAAGUGAAGUUGAAAUUCAACCACCAACAACAACAACAGUAAAACAGUCUUCACCUAAACUACCAUCUCCUCAGCCAAGCUCACCUCCCAUCCCUCAAAAACAAGAAGAAUCAAAGGAGGAACCUAACGAAUCAACAACAACUGUUGUUGAGGAUAAAAAUAUUAAAGUUUCGCAAGUUUUACAUCACCCCCACUCAACUAAUACUCGUCAGCCUUUUAGACACAAAUUUCAGCGUUGGCCAAACCACCCACAGAGAUGGAAUUCGAUAGCGCCACAACAGCAACAACAACAAAUGCCAUUUCAACCGCAAUCAGGUCCUCAUUUCCGGCCUCCACCCAACCAUGUAAUGCAAGCUGGAUCAGGUCCCAUUAGACAAAUGCGACCAAAUUUUCCUCCGCGACCACCCUUCUUCAACAACAACUUCAUGCAGUCAAGACAGCCUUUGAGACCACCUCAAAUUAGACCAAGAUAUUUUUAUCCAAAUCCUGCUCCAAUGAACGAUCCUCAAAUGCCACGCCCACCAUCUUAUGUUCCUUCUCCUGUCCAGGCAAUGCCUAGAAAAGUUCUUAUUAAUCCUAAUUUUAAAGGUGGUGUCGAAGCGGCUAAAAGUCAGCUGAUGAAAGAUCAAUAUUUUUCACCGUCUGCUUUGCCAGAAGAUGAGCUGUUAAGAAAGCAACAAGAAUUCAUCAAUCAUAAUAUGAGGCAGAUCGAGAAACGCCGACACGAACGAACUCCAUCACCAGAAUAUCGACGAGGUUAUUCUCAUUCUCCAUCUCCACCGAGAUAUCGUGAUAAUCGUCGAAAGCCGUUUAGAAGUUAUGAUAGAAAAAGAGACUUCUCAGGUAGUGAAGGAAAGAACAAAGAUGAGAAUCAACCAGAAGAAGAUGAAGAGACACGCGCUUAUCGUCAACAAAUAGAAUCGCAACGGAAGAAGCGAGAAGAAAUUUUGAGACAAAAAGAAAUGAGACGACGGCAACAGGCUGAAAAGGCUAAAGAAACGGCACCAUCUGAGCCUCUUCAACCAAUAAUUGUGACUGACAAAAAAAUUGUGUUAAAACGAAAAUCACCAGAAAGGUCGACGACGCCUCCAUUAAAAGAUGCGCCGAUAACGCCAACAAGAAGGAUCGUUUUAAAACCAUCAAAAGAUGGAAAGGUUGAAUUGAAACCAAUUUUAGCUGACGGUAGCAAAAGAAAGAUCCAAAAGAUUUUAAAUUCAUAAUAAUUUUAGCACAUGACGAGAUCAUUUUAAUUAAUUAUUUAAGUGAUUUUUUAACAAUUUAUAAAUAUGUAUGUAACUAGAAUAAUUUUCUUUGAUUAAAUAUUUUGUUCACAUACGUUUUAUUUUCUCGAAGAAAAUGAAAGGGAAAGAAAAGGAAAACUUGUGAAAAUUUCACGAGAAGUCAUAUACAUAUAUAAGUAUCUAAGUAAGAACAAUUGUUAAUGACUUGGCUAAUGCUUUAGGUAAUUUUGCUUGUAAUGUUAAUUUGAAAUUUUUAUUUGCACAUUUUUCUGCAUUGACAAAUUUUGAAUUUCAUAGGUUUAAGACACAAAAUAUGUAAUAAUAAAAGUAAAAGUCGAAAUUUAAAAUUUUAUCAAGUUUGUUCUUGUAUUUCAUUGCCAGUUAACAUGGAGAUAACGUCGAAGAAUCCAAAAAUGUCAACACAUUCCAUAAGGUU